AACCUCGUAAGAUGAUCAUCCGGAAUAGCCUGGCAAGACCAGGCUCGAGAUAUCCCGUUAUCGCCACUAGCUACCGGUCAAUACUCGGUUUAUCACAGUCAUUUCCGAAGAGGAAUGACGUAUCAUCAUCGUCCAUUCACACUCUAAUUGAUAUAACCCGGUACAGCCGGCCACCACCUUCCACACCUCUCCGCCGGACUUUUCAUUCGACGUCAAAACGUCAUGAUGUGUUCUUCUUCGCCCUGCCCGCGCUGAAAGGAGCGUUGUUGAACGUGACACGGGUAUCGUUGAUCACCCUGCCGUUCAUCUGGAGGUGGAGAUUAUGGCAAAAGUAUCGAAGAACAUCCAUGAUCCUUGUCAACAUCCCCAUCAUCGCCUUCUGCCUAGUCCUCGCCCUGGGGCUGGAUCAAUCCCCAAGAACAGAUCGAUGGCGGCUGUUAUUGAUGAGCGAGAAUGAGGAGAUGGCUUGGUCGAUGAAAAAAUUCGACGAAGUUCUCACACACGAUGGCCCUCUUCUCCUCCCCUCCACCUCCCCCCUGACCCAACGAGUCUCCCGAGUCUGUACCCGUCUCGUUCAAGCCCUGGAAGAAGAAGACCAAACAGUCAUCCACGGUGCAAGUUGGCCCCCUAAAGAUCGGGUGAGCGAGUUGAGCAAGGUCAUAGCGGAAAGAGAACGACGGAAUAGUGGGGGAGUCGGAGGUGGGGGUGGGAGUGACGGGAGAGGAGGGACGAGGUAUGAACCGAGUGCCAAGGCUUCUUCGGCGGUCAUGCCUUUUAGACCCGAAUCGGCCAAUCCGCUCAAAGUGCUAGAAGGCGGGGAUUGGAGUUUGUAUGUGGUGGAUCUCCCCAAGAUCAACGCCUUUGCCCUCCCUUCCAAAGACAUCUUCGUCUACGCCGGUCUGGUCGACCUGGUCGAUGAUGAUACGCUGCUGGCAGCCGUAUUGGCUCACGAGAUCGCCCAUGUUACGCAGAGACAUGCGGUGGAGAAUCUAGGAUUCUUGAACAUCGCCGCUGUCGCAUUCGACGUCCUUCGAGGUAUCUCUUUCGCCUUGACGAUAUCCUUUCCCUUCAUCACCGACUCGGCUGGACUCUUCAUCAACUGGCUGAACAACGUCGUCGCCGAACGAGCGUAUUCAAGAAAGUUGGAGAUGGAGGCCGAUGCGGUCGGGUUGAACUUCAUGGCGGAAGCUGGGUACGACCCGAGAGCAGCGCUGGACUUGUGGGACCUGAUGGCCGCUGUCGAGGCGGAUGCUGCUUCGCGAGGACAGCCGUUGAGCCUCUCGGAUAGGUUGUCGUUAUUACAGACUCAUCCUACGAGCAACGUCCGGCAAGAUGCCCUGGCGAGGUUGAUGCCGAAAGCUUUGGAGCUAUACAAACAGAGCGAUGUCUACAAGCAGACUAUCGCUCGGAGACUACAGAAGAAGCAGGAAGCCGACAAGGCACGGACGACCGAGGUGGCCGAGAAGAAACAGGACAAAGAAAACAUGGCGAUCAGAGCGAGGGAGGUGGUCGAUACGGAAGUCGCAAUGCAGCAGGUUGAGAGGGAGCAGAAACAGGAUGGCAUUGAGCGAGCAGAUGGGGGUAAGUUGCCCUCUGCCUCGAAGCCGGUGACGGAGCAGGUUCGGCUUGUAUGAUAAAUCAUCGACGAGGAUCAGGAUAUCUCGAGCAUGUAAUUAAUACCCAGAUGUACCAGUAUAGGCAACGGAUCACAUAGCACAGGUUAGUCCGACCGACAACGGGAUUUUAU